CCUAGGCUUCCACCGACCCCAGGACAGUGAGCAGCAGCGGGGAGGCACCACAGAGUCCCCACCAGCAGCGGGGAGGCACCACAGAGUCCCGACCGAGCAAUUCGAAUCUAAACCAGGGCGCCAGCCACCGUCCAGAGCGGUUACUGGGAGGAAAAAUGGCCAGUGAUACACCGGGUUUCUACAUGGACAAACUUAAUAAAUACUGCCAGAAGCAUGGAGUAGCAAUUACGUAUAAAGAAGUUUGUACUACAGGGCCUGCACACGACAGAAGGUUUACAUUUCAAGUUAUAAUAGACGAGAAAGAAUUUCCACAAGCCGAAGGUAAAUCAAAGCAGGAAGCAAAAGAUGCUGCUGCCCAACUUGCUUUUGAUAUACUUAACAGCGAACACCAGGAAGAUGGUCAUGCGAAUGUUUCAGAAGUUUCAUCUGCUGGGGAUUACAUAGGCCUUGUCGAUAGUAUUGCCCAGAUGCAAAAUCUGUCGGUAAAUUAUGAACACUUUGUCUCCAAUACUGAGUCGUCCCAAAGAUUUAUUUGUAAAUGCAAAGUUGGAUUGACAACAUUUGGUUCAGGAGCUACCGAACAGGAGGCAAAGCAGCUGGCAGCUAAAGAGGCAUAUCAGAAGCUUUCAGAGAAGAGCUCACUGAGAGCUGACAGAGCAUCCUCUGGACCAACCACCUCUUCAUCCAGUGGCCACUCCAGCGGCUCAUCUAUAACAAACAAUUCGGCUUUUCCAUCAGCACCUGAAAAUGAUUUCUCAGAGAAUGACUCAAAAAGCUACCGGACCAGCUUUUCUAUUAAAUACCCUCUCAUGAUCAGUUUCAUAGAAAAUAAGAAGUCAGGAACAAAAUUGUCACCUAAUGAUGCGCUAAGUAAUACAUAUACCAUGGAGUGGAGGUUUCAGAAGGAUUUUGAAGACAUAGAAGAAAUUGGCUCAGGUGGAUUUGGUCAAGUUUUCAAAGCAAAACACAAAAUUGAUGGGAAGACUUAUGCUAUAAAGCGUGUUAAAUAUAACACAGAGAAAGCUGUGCGUGAAGUAAAAGCGCUGGCAACGCUCAAUCAUGUCAACAUUGUUCAAUAUCAUUCUUGUUGGCUGGGAGAGGACUAUGAUCCCAAGAAGAUCAUAGAUGGCAAUUCAAGUCGAUCAAAGACCCAGUGCCUUUUCAUUCAAAUGGAAUUCUGUGAUAAAGGAACUUUGGAGAACUGGAUGGUGAAUGAAAAACAGAAGAAACCAGACAAAGAUUUACUUUUGGAAUUAUUUGAACAAAUAACGACAGGGGUUGAUUAUAUACAUUCAAAAGCUCUGAUUCACAGAGAUCUUAAGCCAGGUAAUAUAUUUUUAGUAGAUGAAAAGCACAUAAAGAUUGGAGACUUUGGCCUCGUAACAGACCUAGAAAAUGAUGGAAAUCGAACAAAGCGAGCAGGAACUCUUCUAUACUUGAGUCCAGAACAGCUAUUGUCACAAGAAUAUGGAAAAGAAGUGGACAUCUUUGCUUUAGGCCUUAUUCUAGCAGAACUUCUGCACAUAUGCAUCACUGAACAAGAAAGAAUACAGUUUUUCCAAAAGCUAAGAGACGGCAUCUUCCCUGAUGAUACAUUUGACAACAAAGAAAAAAACCUUCUAAGGAGAUUGCUCUUGAAGGAACCCAAGGAACGACCUAGUACAUCUGAUAUUCUGAUGAUCUUGGCUGAAUGGAAGAACAUCUCAGAGCAAAAGAAAAGACAAUGUAACCAAAUGUAACCCUGAAUCCUCCUGAUUUUAAGCAACUGUACAAAGACAGUCUUGAGGUUGUACGAUUGAUCAAGACUAAUGUGAUAAUUGUAUUUCUUUGUUUGUCUGAGUAACAGGGACAUGUGGCUUUGUUAAUAUUACAAAGAACUUGUCUGUUACAAUUAACCUUUAAAUAUUUAGAGCUAAAACACUGUAAUGCCUGAAAUUCACUGUAGAUUUAUCCAGCCAAAGAAACAAAAAACAGAAGGGAUAGGUGUAACAAUAAAGGUAAAAUAUUCUUUGCUAAAACCACUUAAUGUUACACACAAUCUCCUCAUUCUGGUCUAUGUUAGAGUUAAAAAGUUAUGAGAAUUAAUACUGAAUGAAAAUAGUUUCUUUUAUAUUAAAUAUUAAUGUGCCAAAGAGCCCCAUGCUUUGGUGAACACUCAAGUGGAGAAUGGAUGAUGUAAGUCUUUCUAGUGAGUCUGCAGAUGAUGAUGUGAAGAAGCUGACAUUCAGGAUACUCAUGUCACAUGUAGAUAUGUUAUGCAGGUUUCCUUUACGGGCAUGCAGCCUGUAUGGUUGUACUAGAACAUUCUCAAGCAUGUCCCACACUUUGCCAUUUAAAAAGCACCUUACAUUUUAUUUCAAAUUGGGUCCCACAAAUUAUGCAACUAGCCAUACAUAUACAUCUAUAUGUGUGUAUGUACAUAUUGUGAAUAUAUUUGAUAUAAUUUUAUGUUAAGUUCACAUGUUGUUAUAUAUGUGUGUGUGUUUGUUUUGUAGGUAUAUUUAGUAGAAAUGGUAUGUUUGGUCUGUUUAGUAGAAAUGGUAUGUUUAUUUGGUGGUAAAAAUUCUAGUGAAGCAACUAGAUAAAAUUUUUUUUUAAAAGCUGGACUUGGAAUUAGCAAGUGAGGUUCUACUUUGCUCCCACUGUUGAUGUAGUUAAGAAGAUACUUCUUAUUUCCAGGUUUUUGGAGACUGAGGAGAUAUAUCUUCAGAAGUAAAUAAAAGAUGCUAAGAGAUAAUAUUCUUAUUACAA